AUGGCGUUUAAAAAAGACAGUAAGAGCAAACGGGAUGACGCCAUUUCCGUCGCUCUCGAUUCUGCCACCGAAGCGACACCGCUUCUAGUAUCGCCAGUUGCGGUAGCCUCCGGAAGUGGUACUCCGAGUGCAGGGAAUGGCGAGUCUAGUGAGGAGUCGCUACCCAAAUUGCAGAUAUUCCUACUGUGCUAUGCGCGUCUCGUUGAGCCUAUCGCGUUCUUCUCCAUUUUCCCAUAUAUCAACAAUAUGGUACAGAAGAAUGGCAACUUGAAGGAAGAAGACGUAGGUUUCUACGCUGGCAUGAUCGAGUCCUUCUUUUCGCUCACUCAGAUGGUCGUGAUGAUGUUUUGGGGACGAGCAGCCGAUCGCUGCGGUCGUAGGCCCGUGCUCGUAUCGUCUCUACUCGGCGUCGCCAUCUCAGUCUCAUUGUUUGGACUUGCGCAAUCCAUCUGGCAGAUGAUUGCGUUGCGCUGCAUAGCCGGCGCCUUCGCGGGUACUGUCGUUACUAUCCGCACCAUGAUUGCCGAGCACAGCACGCCGCGUAACCAGGCUCACGCUUUCAGCUGGUUUGCCUUCGCAGGCAAUGUCGGCAUGUUUCUCGGCCCCCUGGUCGGCGGUGCGCUUGAGGACCCGGCACACCAGUACCCCUGGGCCUUCGGUGGUGUGCCGUUCUUCGAGAAGUAUCCCUACGCACUACCAUCGAUUGUCGCGGGAUGUAUCGGCUUAUCAGCCAUGGCAAUUUGCGCUCUAUUCAUCAAAGAGACGUUAAAAUCAAGAAAUACUCAAGGCGCAAAUUCUAGUGGUGGUGAAGCAGGCACAACGACUAAACCCGCGCCCCCUUCUACCCUAGAGCUUAUCAAAUCCCGCGGUGUCGGCAUGGUAUUGUAUAUCUAUGGGCAUUCGAUGAUUCUCGGUUACGCAUACACUACCGUCAUCCCUGUGUUUUGGUAUACAUCUGUGAAACUUGGAGGCCUCGGCUUCGUUCCUUCAGAGAUCUCCUUUUGUAUGGGCCUAACCGGCUUAUCUCAGGCCGUAUGGCUGCUCUUCGCAUUCCCGGCCCUACAACGUCGAUAUGGAACCAAUGGUGUCAUACGCGGCUGCGGAAUCGCGUACCCCUUCUUUAUCGGUGCUAUGCCUUUCCUCAACCUGAUCCUGUAUCAAGGAACACCCGUCUCUCAUACUGCGUUCCUGAUCCUGCUUUUCACCCUGCUAACAAUCGGCCUGGGAGUCAGCAUGGCCUUCACCGCAGCCCUGCUAGCAUUAACCGACGUAUCACCAUCUCCCGAGACUCUAGGCACGCUCAACGCCAUAGCUCUAACUAUUGCAAGCGGUCUUCGCUCCUUUUCUCCCAUGCUGUUUAACAGUCUGUUUGCUUUAAGCGCAAAGUAUCAGCUCCUCUGGGGCUAUUUCAUAUGGUUCAUCGUGGUUAUUCUGGCCUCUGCUUUCACUGUUGCGACAAGAUAUUUACCGGCGGCUAGUGAGAAGACCCACGAUCCUCCGGCUGGGCAGGCCGAAGAUAAUAAUUAA